AUGGAAGAAUUCAGGGACUUGAAACCCGGCGAGGUCCAGUUCCUGUCGUCCUGCAAACCGUCCCUCUUGCCUGGCGAUUACAGGGUAGACAUCAACCAAACAGUGUAUUCUCCGUUGGGAAACGAGAGUCGCAAACUGGAGACAAAGAAGAAGUUCACAGUUGAAGGCCCAAGUCGGUAUCGUCUACCUGCAGGAUCAAUUCACUCCGUUUAUCCUGCAGAAGGAGAAUCUGUUCCGUCUAAAACACUCCCUCAGGUUACUCUUAGCGAUCCUCAUUUACCGUGGGAGUUGAGCCCCCAUCAAAGCAACGGUAUCGCUAAGAAACAUCUCAAUAACUCCCUCAUACCAUGGGUCGCACUUUUGGUGUUCACGGAUGACGAGCUAAAGACUUUACCCUCGAUGAGCUCACAGCCAGAGGUCUCCCCGACUUUAUCUGUCCGCUUGAGUAAGAAGCAGCUCAAAGACCUGGAGUCAUCCUCAAUUCAGAUUCCAUUGUCCGACAGUGAACACGAGAAUAACGAGGAUGAAGUAUUUGACACUAUUUUUGUCAACUCUGAGGCAUUCCGGGCAUACUUUUCUGCCCAGAUGGAUGAUGGAGAGAAUGAGCCGGAGCCCGCAAUUGCACGAUACUCUUAUCUAUCGCAUAUACGAAGAUCACGCUCAACAAAAGCGCAGGAUCCAACCACGAGUACCUUCAGUAUCGCCCUAGGCCAUCGAUCUGGGCCUUUGGAGUUCAAGUCUACUAAGACUGUCACGGCCUACGCGCAUCUAGUGUCUCUUAUGGGUGUAUCGGACCUCAACUUUCCCAAGCAGGGGUCAUCAGAUUUGACUGCGUUGGUCUCCCUCUACUCAUGGACAUUCUCAUGGAUACCUGAUGACGGCGCCGGGGUGGAGAAGGCAACCAGAGACCUGUCUACUAAUGUGCGUCCUUUGAGCAGAGUUCUUGAGAAGCCGGUAGCAGAUGAGUGGCUCAAGCGACGCUUGGAAGCAGGAUACACUUUAGUCAAACACCGAUUACAAACUGGAGAACAGACUGCUUCUCUAUUCCGUGGUCCUUUCAUCCCACAACAACCCAGAGGUGACGAGCUAGACAAUGCCGAGGCCUCAGGGCAUGGGUCCGGACUUCAGAUCAUUGAUCGGUCAACCGGAAUCAUCGACAUUACAUACUCUACCGCGUGGAGUCUGGGUCGUUCCCUCGCGAUCGAGAACUCUUCCUUCACCAUGGCUCUAUCAGCCUUACGGGCCCGUAUCACAUCUUUGAAUAGAACAAGUCCCUCGUCCUCACUCAUGGAUGGAAGUACUGGUGGUAUACCCGAAAAGACUUUGCCCAGCUGGUAUCAAAAGCUGCAGCAGAUUGCGAAAGACGCAGGAGAGCCUAGAGAGACCACAGUGUCGGAAAGUGGUUCUCGAUGGAAGAGAGCCCGAGAUAAAGUCGACAGCUCAAAACCUGAGACAAAUUUGCCUGAUUCUGACCCCGACUCUGGUAUCGAAGCUGUUCGGAAGUUCCUUCAAGAUGAAGUUGAUAUCUUGGUAGAAGACAAGGAUUGGUACGCGAGAGAACUGGUAGAGCCAACACAGGAGGGUUUAUACAUCGCCAAGGUCUUGGACUUCAUCUACAACCAGCUGCUCACUCUUCGUGCAGUUCCCUACAACUACUUGUUUCCAGAACCUGAUAUUCUAGAUACCGAAGCCAUCCUCACGUUCUACGUUGAUCCUCUUUGGGUUGAUACUCUCAUAGAUGGUGCCUUGAGCAUUGGAAGCCACAGCACUGUGGAUGAAGACUGUACCAGGAACGAGAUCAAGCGGGCAAUCAAUUCUUAUCUCUCACAGGUGGAGGUCCGAUACAAGCACCCUCGUAUCCCUCGAUGGGGAGCUGUUGUUUGCGGAAGUCUGCUAUCUGUCUUUGGUGAUCCCCGUAUCCGAACUGGUAGUAGCGCUGCUGCAUCACCACAGUUGCUUGUAAAUACCAAACUCCACGACAAAGCCUUACUACUUGUACUCAACUGCCGACCCAGCGACCUCCCAGAGGGUCUGACUAUCAGCCAACCCCCUCACCAACAACUCUUUGCUGUAGGAACUGUUCUGGAAAAGAAUCAUAUCAGGAUAGACCCUGUUGCGGCAAUGAAAGACGACAGACAGCGCCAUCAAGCGAAAAUGAACUCGAUCACGGCCUCCCCUGAUGGUGAACCGCGAGUCUUCAACUUCGAGACGAGGUGUUUGAUUCCUUCUGGUGUAAUAAAAGAGUACAUGAAGCAAGGAGUGAUGCUCGGGGUUAAGUAUCUCGGGACAGGCUCAUCUGCGCUCUUGUCCUUUGCGCUUGGGGACAAAUUGCAGGAGCUGACGAUCAGGCCAACAGAGGAUCAAGCAGACAUCGGCCGGGCAAAACAACUUGAAGCUUUCCAGCUGAGCACAAAGACAAGACAUGGAAGUGCAGAUAAUUUUGAACUGAAAAGCAGGCAGAGCCUUUCAUCGAGUUCAGGUUCAAUCCCGCUGGGCUUUCGAGCUAAGAAUCAAGAUACCGCCUUUGCAAGCGUGGCGGCAACGGAACAAAGGAAAAUAUCUGUUAUGGUUCCUUACCAUGCGAAAGCUACCGUGGUUGAGGUAUCUGAGUCUGCUCAAAAGAGCUCUGUGACAUCAUCUUGUCGAGUUCUAAGAGAGCAGGUGAUGCCAGAUGAGACUCGCAGCAUCGAUCUUACGAUCGCCCUCAGCACGGAUAAGCCUGGUACUAUUGAUGCCGACAAACUACGUGGUAUAAACGUGACAUUCCCUUUGGUCUCGCUCAUGAAUCCAAGUUCCAAAGCCUUCCCGGCUGUCACUCUGUUUGGUUCCGGGUCAGCUCGCUGGGUAUCUGGGUGCGCAUACGUCGCUGGAGAAACCCCUGCUUUCGUUGUUCAGGUGAGACCCAGAGCUAAGGGCUUAGUGAAGACGGUCGACUUUGGCUUUCUUCUGAGCGGUGUUGCUCUAUCUGAUAGUCUGAGUGAGGAUGUGGCAAUCACCAUUGAGGAGGAGUAUGGAGUGGAAGGAGAGACAUGGGGCAAUGCAUCGGCACCCAAGCUUGUGAGGCAGACAUGUCAUGUUGAGGGCUUGUAG